ACCGGCCGUAAGAAAAAUAAAUAUUGUCAAAAACCGAAGUAGUUUAAACACUUUUAAACUACUUGUAAAGGAUAUGGGGCAUUAAAAAAAAAGAUAUAAAUCAAACCUGUGUUAUAUUAUGGUACCAGGUUUGAGUUAUAAGAUAUAAGAUAAGACCAAAUUUACCUUGUGUAACUUUGCUUGGGUAAUCAUUAGGAUGUACAACCCUAACGCCACAUUUGGUCCUUCAAGCCGGAUAUCAAUCGGCGACCUAGUUAGUUAGAUAUUAUAAUCCCCGGCCGAAUUUUAUCUCUUGUAAGAUUUGCCCCGUACUGGCGAGAGAUUUUCCUUACCUACUGUUGCGCAGUGAACAAUGCUCUUUAAAAUUAUUAUGUGUUUUUAAAUGCUGCCAAAAGUCUGUAAGACCCUAGGACACUGUUAAUUAAAGCAUUUUCAAAACUAUGAAAGGCUCUUGAAAACUCGUACUGUGAACCCUAUUAAAAGCUAUGAUAAACGCGCAGAACUUCUAAAAUCCUUUAUUAAUACGUUCUUAGCGAUUCUUGAAAAUUCUUCAGGCUAUAGUCUUUCACAAAUAUUCAUUUUUCAGUCAAUAUCUAAGACAAGCCAAGUUUCUGUGAAUUUUGGAGACAAAACUAUAGUCUUUGCUAUACUUCCUGGGUAAAAACAAUGGAAGAAAAGGUGGUACACUUACUGUUAAACAUUUUUAAUAAAAUAUGUAAUGAAGGCGAGUUGCCGCGCGUCUGGGAAAAUGUAGUAUAUAUACUACCUACAAAAAAAGGAUUGCAAAAGCUUGGGGGAAUAAUCUUUGCUAAAAUAUUGAAAUGUUAUAUAUAAUUUGUGCUAGUCCCCUCAUCAUACCAUUUUCGCCCAUAGUCCGGCUCUGACCAAAUCUAAUAUCAUUUAAAUGUGAUUUAAAUCAGAGAUGCUUGGUUGUUAAUUGUUUUGUCAACUUUGUGCAAAAUUUGAUUCAAUAAUACGCCCGCCAACUUGAUUAUGCUGUAUCUCUGCAGCUGAUCCUUAUGUAAGUGGAAGGCAAAUAAUCACGCAACUCCACAAAAGAAUAUAUUAAUUCGUGCCCAAUUGUUUAUGAGCACAAGUGAGUGUUAAUAAAUAAUAAUUAAGGACGUCCCUGACUUUUACAUUUCAAAUUAAGAAUCUGUAAAAUGAAAAAAACCGCGCCGCUCUGAUUGGUCCAUUUAAAUUGACAAUUAUUGACGUCAUUUGAGCAUCACGUGGUUCAACAGAUAAAGAAAAUUGCUAAAUUUCAGAAUUCUGGAGACUUCGCUAGCAAGACGUCUCAAUGGGUAAUGUUCCUUUAAAAACAAGUGCAUCAAUUACGUACAAAUUCGUGAUCUCAAAUUGAACUGUUACAAAACACAUGGACGGAUAACCAGAGAUAACCUCUGAUUCGGAUAUAAUAUUGAGAAUAGAAAAAUGUUACUUUUAUAUCAAUUAUCUUUCUAGUAAGUUUAUUAAUAAACCCAGUCGGUGAUUUACAAGUUGCUCUACUAUGGUAAAUAAGGAUCAUUCGAUUGUACGAUUAUAUCGUACACCUGGCUAUACGAAUGCGAAAAGCGAAGAGAUCCUGCUCAAAUUAAAACAAAAGAAUGCUCACGUUCACGCUUUGGAUACAGAGCUGUGUUACAACAUUGAAACAACCGGUCUCACGGAUAGCGAUAAGAAAAUACUGAAAUGGGUGCUGCAAGAUCCAUUCAAACCUAGAAAUUUAACGGAGAGGUCUCAGCUGAGCCUGAUAUCCGGAUCGAUAAUAAUAGAAGUCGGGCCAAGAUUUAAUUUUUCGACCUCGAGUUCGACGAAUGCAGUUUCAAUAUGCCAUUCCCUCGGUUUGAAAAACAUAACCCGAGUGGAGGUUUCGAGAAGAUACUUAAUCAGCUUUAAAUUAAUUGUUACCGUGCCCAGUGCCGUAGAGAACGAACUCGCAUCCGUUCUCUUUGAUAGGAUGACCGAAUGUCGAUACACCAACGAGAAUAUUCCGAAAAAGAGCUUCAACGAGAAAUUGGUCAAGAAGGAGGACUUGCGCAAAAUUGACAUUUUAAGCCGCGGAAAGGAAGCUUUGGGGGAAAUUAAUGCGGAGCUCGGUCUCGCGUUUGACGACACCGAUUUGGAUUACUACACGAACUUAUUUAGGCGUUUAAAACGGAACCCGACCAAUGUCGAAUGUUUCGACUUGGCACAGUCGAACAGUGAACACAGCCGCCACUGGUUUUUCAAGGGUAAAAUGGUUAUAGACGGUGUCGAACACGAGGAGUCGCUAAUUGAUAUGAUCAUCAACACCCAAAAGCACACCAAUCCGAACAAUGUGAUUAAAUUCGGCGAUAACAGCAGUGCUAUUAAAGGUUACUCGCAUACCAGCCUGCGACCCGUCUUUCCGGGAAGUGUGUCCGAACUGAGAACGAAACGUGCCAACUCCCAUCUGAUAUUUACGGCGGAGACGCACAAUUUUCCAACCGGUGUUGCCCCCUUUAGCGGUGCCACGACCGGAACUGGUGGGCGGAUUCGUGAUGUCGAGGCUGUUGGUCGUGGUGGCUAUUGUAUCGCGGGGACGGCCGGUUAUUCUGUCGGAAAUUUGAACAUUCCAGACUACCCACUGCCAUGGGAGGACCGCACAUUUACCUAUCCUCCGAACUUCGCGCCCCCACUCAACAUUUUAAUAGAGGCCAGCAACGGCGCAUCCGAUUACGGAAACAAAUUCGGCGAACCGGUCAUUUGCGGUUUCGCGCGAACGUUCGGCAUGAUCGUCGCGAACCGGGUGAGACGCGAGUGGAUCAAACCGAUCAUGUUUAGCGGCGGUCUCGGCAGCAUGGAGGCCGACAUGGUAGAUAAGCUUCCACCGAAGAAGGGACAGCAGAUCGUGAAGAUCGGCGGUCCGGUGUAUAGGAUAGGCGUCGGUGGCGGAUCGGCCAGUUCCAUCGAGGUGCAGGGCGACAAUAAGGCUGAGCUUGAUUUUAAUGCGGUGCAAAGAGGCGAUGCGGAAAUGGAGAAUAAGCUAAAUCGGGUAGUGCGAGCUUGCUUAGAGCUUGGGGGGAGAAAUCCGAUCACCAGUAUACACGAUCAGGGUGCUGGAGGCAAUGGCAACGUGCUGAAGGAGUUGGUGGAGCCGGCAGGUGGUGUAAUUUACGCGUCCAAAUUUGACUUGGGAGAUCCGACAAUUAAUGCGCUUGAGCUUUGGGGGGCGGAGUACCAAGAAAGUAACGCGUUACUUUGUAAUAAGGAAGAUGUGGAUUUGUUGAAGAAGAUCUGCGAGCGCGAAAGGUGUCCUGUCAAUUUCGUGGGGGAGGUUACCGGCACUGGAAAAGUUGCGCUGAUAUUAGAUGAAGAUGCCAAAGUACAACCGUUUAAUUUAGAUUUAGAGCAUGUCUUAGGAAAGAUGCCACAAAAGGUGUUUAAUUUACGUAGGGUACCAAAAAUCUUGGAGCCAUUGAGUUUGCCCCAACCUCUCUCUAUUUAUCAAGCAUUGGAUCACGUGUUAAGAUUACCUUCUGUUGCCAGCAAACGAUAUCUCACAAAUAAAGUGGACCGUUGCGUCACCGGCCUAAUUGCGCAGCAGCAGUGCGUGGGACCGUUACACACUCCUCUGGCGGAUGUUGCGGUUACUGCAAUUUCGCACUUCGGAUAUGAAGGCAUCGCUACGUCAAUUGGAGAGCAGCCAAUCAAAGGCCUGCUCGACAAUGGCGCCGGUGCACGUAUGACCGUCGCCGAAGCGCUCAGCAACCUUGUCUUUGCGGUCAUUAGCGACAUUCGCGACGUAAAAUGCAGCGGCAAUUGGAUGUGGGCGGCGAAAAUGGCCGGCGAGGGUGCCGCCUUAUUCGACACGUGCAAGGCGAUGUGCGAAUUUAUGUCGCAACUUGGAAUCGCAAUCGACGGAGGAAAAGAUUCACUAAGCAUGGCGGCGCGCGUCGGCGACAAAACCGUCAAAGCUCCCGGCACCUUAGUCGUCUCUACCUACGCUCCAUGCCCGGAUGUACGCAAAGUCGUAACGCCCGAUCUCAAAGCGCCAUCUCUCGGGAAAAAGGGAACUUUGCUGUUUGUCGACUUAUCGCACGGUAAGAACAGGUUGGGAGGUUCCGCGCUCGCGCAGUGCUUCGGCCAGUUGGGGGACGAUGUUCCGGACGUCGAUAAACCGGAAACCUUCAAGAGCGCCUUUGUUGCCACGCAACAGCUCAUUCAGGAGUCGGCAAUAUGCUCCGGUCAUGAUGUGAGUGAUGGGGGAUUGAUUACCUGCUUGUUGGAGAUGUGCUUUGGAGGAAUGAGCGGAAUUGAUGUCAAUAUUACGCACAAAAAUGGACAAAUUUUACCAAUUCUGUUCGCGGAGGAACCUGGCUGGGUUUUAGAAGUGUUAGACAGCGAUGUUGAACAUUGCUUAACCGUAUUUAAGAAAAACGAGGUUCCCGUAUACAACAUUGGAAGAAGUACCGGUUUUGGUAUGAAUUCAAAAGUGGCGAUCGCCGUAAAUAAUGGCUGCAUCGAAAGUACGGUUCUGCCACUGAUGAAGAUGUGGGAGGAAACCAGUUAUCACCUGGAACUGCAGCAGACGAUCAAGUAUUGUGCGGAUUCAGAAUUUCACUCUCUAAGCACGAGAACGGCACCGCCUUACAAGCUCACAUUCCAUCCUGACGAGGAAAUGUCAAAAGACAAUAAAAUCAAGUGUAGUGUGGCCGUCAUACGAGAAGAGGGCGUCAAUGGAGAUCGUGAGAUGGCCGCCGCUCUUGUUCGAGUAGGUUUUACAGUCUAUGACAUCACAAUGGAAGAUUUGAUCAGUGGAUCUGUGAGUUUAAAUCAGUUCCGUGGUAUUGUUUUUCCGGGCGGUUUCAGUUAUGCGGAUGUUUUGGGUUCGGCCAAGGGUUGGGCGGCCAGUAUACUAUUUAACGAAAAAAUCCAGACACAAUUUAGAGAUUUCAUUGCGCGCCCCGAUACCUUUAGUUUGGGCGUGUGUAACGGAUGUCAGCUGAUGGCGCUGAUCGGUUGGAUCGGAUCGCCGGUGACCGCCCAAUCCAAUCCGGAUAUUUUAUUGGAGCAUAAUCUCUCUGAACGCUUCGAAUGUCGUUGGAGUACGGUUAAAAUUGAAAAAUGCAAUUCGAUUAUGUUGCAAGGGAUGGAGGGCUCAAUUAUGGGCGUGUGGAUUGCUCACGGCGAGGGACGAUUUACGUUUAAAAACGACGCGAUCUACAAAGCCUUGGUAAAAAGUAAUUGUGUCGGUAUGAGAUAUGUCGAUGACAGAGGAAAUCCAACCGAAAAUUAUCCCAUGAAUCCUAAUGGUAGCGUCGAAGGACUGGCGGCGGUGUGUUCAAGGGACGGCAGGCACUUGGCAAUGAUGCCACAUCCGGAGCGAUGUGAUCAAAUGUUUUUAUGGCCUUAUGUGCCGGUCGGCUGGGAAAUGUAUCAGAAGAGUCCUUGGGAACGUUUGUUUCAAAAUGCGUACAAUUGGUGCACAGACAUUAGCAAUGUGGUUUACUAUUAACAAAUUAUACUGCCAUUUAGGUGUCAAUUUCACUGAAGUCUUCGCUAUAAGAAAUUUUGUAAUCUAUUUUAUAUUUCCCUGUAACAUACUACUUUGCGUAUUUUAACAAAAUAAAGCUACAGGAUGAGUUCCUAAUCUGCUGGGUUACCAAAGUUGGUCAAAAAGACA